CAGUGCAUUUCACAUGGCGGGAACGGUCCCAUGCACAUUCUCUGUACCUGCUUGUGCCGAGACGGUUAACAGUCCGAAAUUGACGGUGCCGAAUGGCACGGAAGUCCGCGUAGUUUACAUUAAUUUGUGUGUUCCAUGGUUGAAUAGUUUUUAACUCGAAAUAUAUUUUUAACACGAUAUAAUAUUAAUUAUUAAAAAUCGAAUAUAGUAACGGGAACGCGGUUAUUAUAACACAUUAUUGAACACGUUGUCGGAUUCAUGACCGCUAGAAUAUUUUCGUCUUUUUUAUAAAACUUUGAACUUUCGGAAGGCGACGACCGAUUCAAAAAUGGUGAUUCAUGCACAUCAGCAGAAUUAUGGUGUCCUCAAUUUAUCACGGAGCACGUUCACUCUAUGACGAUCUGUGGUGUGGCCUCCAUGAAAAGCAUGUACCCGGUGGCUUGGAAACCCAAAUACUUUUUGUUCUCUGUCGUCCUAUACGUGUGCAGUUUAGACCUGGUGCUGGGUGGCAUGUGCUGGGGAUCGAUGGGUAAAAAUGGCCUGUGCAAGGACUUGUUGGCUGAACGCCUGUCGAAAGAACAGUGCUGCAAGUUGGGCGGCAGUUCCGUUUCCACGUCCUGGAGUUCGACUGACUUGGACCCUGGGGCGCUGUUUUUCUGGCGUGUCUUGGGCGACGGAGUACCGUGCGCAAAGUGCAAAGGAUCGUGCACGGACGUGGAAUGUGUUACUGGCAAGAAGUGCGUUAUGCGAUCCGGCUCGCCAAAGUGUAUCUGUUCACCUAACUGCAAGCAACGUGACGGAUUCACGGUCAAGGGUCCGGUGUGCGGUACGGACGGCGUUUCAUACAAGUCGCACUGCCGACUGAAAAAGAGAUCGUGUCGUACCAGAGACCAAUCUUUGGUGGUCGACUACCACGGCCUGUGUCAGAGUUCGUGCAAUAAAGUCACCUGCCCGGGAGGCAAGUACUGUCUACAGGACCAGAACCUGAUGCCGCACUGCGUCAAGUGUGCAACUUUCUGUCCUCCGGGCAUGUCGCCGUCCAGGCUGGUGUGUGGGUCGGACGGCAGAACGUACCAGAGCGCGUGUCAUCUGCGCGAAGCCGCCUGCCGGGUGGGCAAGGCCAUACCGAUAGCGUACAAGGGGCUUUGCAAGAAAUCUGCCACGUGCGCCACUGUGAGCUGCAAGGGUGGUCAGAAAUGUCUGGUCGAGAAAAAGACCGGACGUCCGAGGUGCGUGACGUGCAACCUGUCGUGCCCGGAACCGGAAACUUCGGGAAAGCGUAAGGACACCGCGAGCGGAAAAGUGUGUGGUAGCAACGACAAGACGUACCACUCUUGGUGUCAGAUGUUCAUGGACGCGUGUGCCACGGGUGUAGUGAUCGAGACCAAGGCGUCGGGACCGUGCCGAGACGGCGAAAUGGAUGUAUUCAACGGCAAUUGGAAUUACGUGAACGCGUCCAACGUACUCAUCGAUGGGAUUUGAACAAGACAAAUUGACUAUCAGAAACGUGAUAUGAUUCCUUUAGACAAAUUUAAUACACAUUAUACUAUAUAUAAUAUUAUAUACUUACCUAUAAUAAUUAUACACUUAUAUUAUUAUGCUAAUAUUAAAAUAUUAUUAUAUAAUAUAUAUUUUAGUGAAAUUAAAAUAACUCGAUAUUAUCUAUAUUAUGAUAUCACGCGAUUUAUACACACCUAUAUGUAAUACUAUAACUACUAUAAGUACAGUCACGUAUAAUAUACAUUAUCACCUAUACAUUUAAGUACGAUUAUAACUGCAGUAGUAUUAUAAUAAUAUUAUAGUAAUAUUAUCAUACCCUGAAAGUAUUUACGUCCAGACUAAAACAAUUAUAUUAUAUAAUAUUUAUUAGGUAUACCUUUGUAAAAUAUAUAACUAUACCGACUAUAAUGCUAUAUUACAAUAACGUGCGUCGUAUAAUUUAAUGUUAUAUAAUAAUAAUAUAAUAUAUUUAUUCAGAUUAAUAUCGGACUAAAAUGAUAUUAUUAUUAUCGAGUUAUCGUCACGAGACGAUGACGGCUCGCCCAACAUCAAUAUUAUUAUUAUUAUUGUUUAACUUAUAACCUAAUAUAAUAUAAGAUGUAGAAUUGAUAGAUAAGCGAGUAUUUGUAUUUAUAUAUUUUCAUUCUUGACGAAGUCCUCUUAUGAAUUAAUUACAUCAUUACAUAAAUUAACUUAACGAACUGUACAAUGUAUACAUAUAGAUAUAUAAUUAUAAUUAUUUAUACUGUACAUGUAGUUAUAUACAUAAUAUUAUAUAUUAUAUAGAACCUA